CGCGGGUGUGGCCAGGGCGGGGAGACGAGGAGGAAGGUCAUCUUCAUUUUAGAAUCGCACUGAAAUAUCAUGUGUAGUUUUGGUGCCCCUGUUUUGAAGACUGUCUUACAAAAAUGUGGACCGUAAAGGAGAUAACUACAUGUGGAAAAUACAGUGUAUGCCGUUGGAAUUUAAAUUGGCCGGUUUUUUUCUCUGGAAAAGAUCUAUGGUUGACUUAAUUAAGUUUUCAGAAUUUGGAAAGAUGUCUGUGUUCUGCGCUGUGAAAGCUAAGUCCAGAGAGUGUUUAAAGGAAAGUACUGUAAACAACAAAUACUGGAGGCUUGAAGAAUCCACAGAGUUUUUGAAACAAGAAGUGUGAAGUUUUUCUCCUGUCCAAGCUGCUGACUGUGUGACAUGAUGGGAAAAGCCACAACGCUGCACUUCAGCCAGGAGAUUUGGAGUCAAAGAAGGUUUCUGAAAUCAGUGGAGGCUGCUUGAGAACAGAGCCUGAUUAUCAAGUGAUCUGACGUCCAUGAAAGAGAGGAACAGAAAUCUUCCUUGAACACAUGAAUUCUUUAGGCUAAGCAAACAGAUGUAGCAGUAACAGGGACUUCUCAUCACCCUGAGCUGUAACCUGAAUUCUGAGGACAUCUAGUGGUACCAGCCCACUGCAAAGACCGGGUCUUCACAGCUAGUGGCUUCCCAAUUGCACCUCUGUAUUUCAGCCAAGUCCUGCAACACUUCCUCUGGCCUUUACAGGCAGAAGGAAAAGGGAUAAUUGCAUCCCAUCUUGCAUUUUCAGCUGUGAGCUCUUGAUCUGAUAUUUCCUCCUGAGAAGAAGCAGACAUGAUGAAGCAGAAAUUGACAUCAACAGUUCAAAUUAUUUUGCUACUCGCUCUGACAGCAGUGGGUCUGACUGGUCAAUCAUACCCGAGAAAACCUAAGAUAAUAAGAUGUCGUUCUGUAGAAAAGGAAACCUUUUCUUGUUGGUGGAAGCCUGGCUCAGAUGGAGGACUUCUUACCAAUUACACCCUGUUCUACAGCAAGGACAGUGAAGAAAAAAUCUAUGAAUGUCCAGACUAUCGAACAUCAGGUCCCAAUUCCUGCUACUUUGAUAAAAACCACACUAAUCCUUGGACAACAUAUAAUAUCACUGUAAUGGCAACAAAUGCGAUUGGAAGUAACAGCUCAGAUCCUCAGUAUGUGGAUGUGACCUCCAUAGUUCAGCCAGAUGCUCCUGUGAACCUCUCUCUAGAAACAAAAACAUCUGCUAGCAUAAGGUACCUUUGGGCAAAAUGGUCUCCACCUCCAUUAGCUGAUGUCAGCUCUAAUUCACAUGUAUAUCACUAUGAGCUACGACUAAAACCUGAGGAAAAGAAAGAGUGGGAGACAAUAUCUGUUGGAGUGCAGACACAGUACAAAGUGAUCAGGUUACAAGCUGGGGUAAAGUAUGCUGUUCAGGUCCGUUGCAUGUUAAACCUUGGAGAAUGGAGUGAGUGGAGCUCUGAAAGACUCAUUCAGAUCCCUAAUGGAGAGUCACCUCCUGAAAAGCCUACAAUAAUAAAAUGUCGUUCUCCAGAAAAGGAAACAUUUACUUGUUGGUGGAAACCUGGUUCAGAUGGAGGACAUCCUACUAACUACACUUUGCUUUACAGCAAAGAAGGAGAAGAAAAAGUUUAUGAAUGUCCAGAUUACAGAACUUCAGGCCCCAAUUCAUGCUACUUCAAUAAAAAACACACCUCUUUCUGGACCAUAUACAAUAUUACUGUGAGGGCAACUAAUGAAAUGGGAAGUACCAUCUCUGAUCCUCAUUAUGUGGAUGUGACUUACAUAGUACAGCCAGAUCCUCCUGUGAAUGUAACUCUGGAAUUAAAAAAGCCAAUAAAUAGAAAACCAUAUCUGGUCUUAACAUGGUCUCCACCACCACUGGCAGAUGUCAGGUCUGGAUGGCUUACCCUUGAAUAUGAGUUGCGACUAAAGCCUGAAGAAGGAGAGGAGUGGGAGACUAUUUUUGUUGGUCAGCAAACACAAUAUAAAAUGUUUAGCUUAAAUCCCGGAAAGAAAUAUAUUGUACAGAUUCACUGCAAACCAGACCACCAUGGAUCAUGGAGUGAGUGGAGCUCAGAAAAAUAUAUUCAGAUCCCUACUGACUUUAGAGUAAAAGAUCUGGUUGUGUGGAUCGUCGUUGGUGUCUUGUCAUCUCUUAUAUGCUUAAUCAUGAGCUGGACAAUGGUUUUAAAAGGGUACAGAAUGAUAGCCUUUAUCCUACCGCCAGUUCCGGGACCGAAGAUAAAAGGCAUAGAUACACACCUGUUAGAGACAGGAAAAUCUGAAGAAUUAUUGAGUGCUCUUGGUUGCCACGGUUUCCCUCCAACAUCAGACUGUGAGGAACUACUGAUAGAAUAUCUGGAGGUAGAGGACAGUGAGGAUCAGCAGCUUAUGCCAAGCCAUGACAAUGGUCAUCCCAGUAAAAAUGCAAAAAUGAUAACAAAGGAAACAGACAGUGACUCAGGCCGAGGGAGCUGCGAUAGCCCUUCUCUGCUUCCUGAGAAGUGCAGGGAGUCCAGUGCCCUUCCAUCAACAGUUCAAGCACAAGACGUAAGAGGUGUUCAAGAAAACAAAGAAGGACAAAGGAGCUGGGAAAUUCAGCGUAUAGCCUCAGAACAGAAAACACUCCUUUUUAACAUCGAGAGUACAAAAUCAUCCACAUGGCCUGCAGCUCAGUUACCUAAUAAUCAGCCUCCUAUGUUUGCCUACCACAGUACUGUAGAUGCAAAUAAGAUAACGAUGACUACCACAAAUGUGAACAUUGCACCAGUUUUUAUGGAAAAUGAAGAAAAGCAUCAGCCACAAUAUCCUUUCACUGAAACUGUCCACAAUGACAUGGAAAAGAGAAGAGAGAUGCAGAAUUUGCAUUCUAAAACUGACCAAGCCACAGUACAGGUCAAACAAAAUAGACCUAAUGACAAGUCACCUUUUUUGAAUCCUAAACUAAUGGAUUAUGUAGAAGUUCACAAAGUCAGACAGGAUGAGGAGCCAGCAUUAUUACUGAAACAUAAAGAAAAUAGUGGAAAGAACGAAAAAUACACUGUUCCAGGAAGCAGCAAAGAAUAUACCAAGGUCUCAACAGUUGUGGACCAUAAUAUUCUGGUAUUAAUGCCAGAUUCACGCAUCCAGCACACAUUUGUGUCUCAAGAACCUGCAAUGGAAAUGUCUCAAAACCUUCAGCAAGGUCAAACUGAGAAAAAUGUAAGCUACUGUCUGACAGUUCCAAGCGAGUGCAAAAGAGAGACGAGUGGAUCAGAGUACAUGGACCCAUCUUCCUUUAUGCCCUCCUUUAAAUAACUAGUAGUUAGUACAGUACAUACUUAGUAGUUAUGUAGAGUAAAAUAAAACCACACAGCAAGUAGUUCCUUUAAAAAGCCUAGCAUCCUAUGUGUGUUAUACAGAGAAUAAAAUAAACUGUGGCUUGAGGUAAUAAUCAUGGAAGGAAACCUUGGAUCAUUAACACAUUUCUAACAAAGGGAAAUGAGGAAAUGGAUAUUAUCUGCCAUGAAAAAUACAUAGUAAACUAAUUAUUCAGCUCUGCAGAUCUUCUAUUAGUUGAUUAAAUCUGAGGGAAUACCGCAGAUUCAACAAAGAUGUAAAUUAUUACAGGUCAGUCAGAACAUCCUAGUGAUCUGAGCAGUUCCUGAAUCAGAUAAAUCAUUGUACAACAGUAUUCUGAUCUACAACAUAUUUUCUUCUGAAUGCAUUGUGACACUAGAUUGGAUUUUCUUUAUAUUUUUUCUCAAUCCUUAAGAAAAAAGGAGCUCUUAUAUAUGACAAAUCAUAUACAAAAGAGAAUCUGUUCAACAAAUUACAGUAAAAUAUUAAAGUCUAAAUAUGUAUUUUCUCUUUUUCAAUGUGACAGAAAACUUUGCAGCCCAAUCAUAUCCUAGUCCAAUCAAACCAAACAUGCAAAAAAUAGCAGGACAAUGUUUGAUACACUGCCUUACUGUAUAUAAUAUACAAUUCUACUUUAGUACAAGCCCAUAUGUUUAACAAUGUAUUUUUAAAACCUAUUUUUCUAUUACCAAAGAGAAAGCAAAAUAAAAUAUUUUUUAAUUUCCCAAUGCUAUUUAGCAACUUUGGAACUUUUCUGUUUCCUUCUGCUGACACAGCAGUAACAAGUAAAGCUACCAUUUCUAUACAAAGCAUAAAAUUAAACUUUAUACCAAUUAAGAAUAUGAAGUAAUUUUUAAACUAUAUUUCUAAUAUAUUACAGAUAUAUUCUAUUUGAAUUGUAAAUUGAUUCACAUGUUUUUUAUCACCUGUAAUUAUAAAAUUUAAAUAGAAUCUAGGUUUUGACAGCAAAGCUUCUUUCCCACUGAAUUUGCACUCUGAUGCCAGUCAUGAAAGGAAUGGUGUUCUCCUGCGUUCUUAGACAUUGCACUUUUCUUUGAGCCUGGAGGAAAGUUUGAAGUCAGAUUUUUCAUAAUGAACUUAGCAACAUUAAUUUUGUGAUCCAGCCUCCAAAGUCAAAGAUGUGAAGCAUAAAGGCUGAGUCAGAGCUCUGCUGAAAUAGCAGCGGGAAUGAGGAAAGGAGUCCAUGUACUCCAGCUGGUCAGAUGCCCACGAACAGUAGUGGGAACAGUGAGGAUUCCUCAUAUCCCAUUAAAUCAAAGGCAGAAUCGAAAUGAUACUGGAAAGGCUCUGAACUUACUGUGGUCCUUCCUUCUUGAAACGUAAGUUUAAUUUACUCCAGGAGAGUACGACCAAGUGAUGACUGAUUAAUACUGGAUGAAGUGCUUAGCCAGUAUCAGUAGCUUCAGGGGAAACUGGAAACAUAAGAUAAGGGAAAUUGUACUGUAUGAGUGAAGGAAAGUGUAUUUACUAUAGAAUAGCUCUCUUCUGUGCUUGUACUUCCUGAACAGCUUCACAUUUCUCCAGCUUUUCAUGAUUUUAUGCACUGAGCCAGCCUUCCUGCAGUAUCAGGUAAGCUGCUGCAGAGCUAGUCAAAAGAGACUUUCAGAUUUUGAAGGUCCCAGAAGGCCACAUCUAAUUUGUCAAAUCAGAUUCUCACCUUCUACCUUCACGCCACAGAACUGCUCAAGUACAGAUCAGUCGAGCUGUUCUAGCCCUUCCACUGGCAGGUCUUUAAAAUGUGACUAAUUAUCUGUGUGUCUGUAAACAUAUGUGUUCGUGUACACUGUAACAUUUACUUUAGGCAUCAGAUUUAGAGGCUCUGUUCUCUAUACAGGCAAUGUACUGCCCACUUCCAGAGGUUCAUCAGAGCAGUCUGGAACUUAGACUCUUAACUCAGCCACUUAUUUAACACUUGAAGACAUGAAGUGGCUACUUCAGAGAGCAGCCAAACAUAAAAUUUUUGUUAUAGUUAACAGGACAAUUCUACUGUAGCAUUUGUAGUAUAUCUUGCAAAUUUUCUAGAGCUGCUAAAAGUAUUGCAGAGAAACUAUCAACUUAUCAGUCAAAACUGGAAUAUUUUGCAGGGCAGUAAGUUGUGCAUGUGCAUGUAUGUAAGCUGAUAAUGCUUUCUUUCUGAUAGCGCUUCAUUUAUGCUUCAGUUUUCUGACUGAAUAUGAGGUGACCCAGAUCAGAAACAUUCUUUACACAGAUAGCCAUAUCUGAGCCAAACUGGUGUUCUCUACCCCUAAUGCCAUUCAUAAAGACAUGCUGCUACAGCCCUUCUGUGAUGCAUCUGGUGAUGCAUAGAGGCUAUAGAAUCUUAUCAAGCCACAGCCUAAAGAUUUUCUUUAUGUAAUGGAUUUCUUAGGGUGAAACACAGGUGACUACACAGGUGUUAUACUCCAAAGGAAGCAGGGGAUAAGGUGUCAGCAGCAGGUUGCUGCUGUCCUAUUGGUUACUUUGGACCUGAGGCAAACAGACACAACUUUUAGCAGAUUUUAAGUGUAUGAUUCAUCCUGCCUAACUCUAAGUAUCUAUACGUAUACCUCCAGUAAUCCACACAGAAAGAACACUGAGUGGAAGAGUUUCUAUACUUUGCCAUAAAUUGGUACUGAAGCUGCAAAGUAGCUGUGGCCUAAAUUACAUUGUGAGACAUAGUUUCUCUCCCACCUUUGCUGAUGAAUGUCUCAAUAUGCCAAAUCAUCACGUCUUUCUGUGAAAAGGGAGGUUCAGCCAGAGUGGAAAAGGUGCAUUUGCUCAUUGCUCUGAAAUAGUUAAGCUUUUUGAGGGAUUUGCUAGCUAAAUACAAUUUGAACACAGUUUUCAUAAACAUGUUUCAUUCUUUAAGCUGAACAAAUUAUUAUUGAUUAUUUUUCCCUUGGAUUUGCUUUUAUUUUCCAAAAAUCCUUGUUACUUCCAGGGUGGGAGCAACACCUGCUGAAAUUGGCCUUUCACAUCUGAAAGUACAUUAAGAAGAUAAUAAAUCAGUGUUCUGUAAAAUCAGAAUAACCUUCAGCUAAGUGUGUGGGCCUUUGGAUAUUCAGAUAUUUCAUUCUUUCUGUUUGCAGCAGUAUUUCUGCUUGCAUCUCUUUAAGGAAUACCUUUUUAUCAGGAAAUUGAGACAUUGCAGCAGUUGCACACAGUCAAUUGUUGUAAAAUUAUGACACACCAGUGGGGAAUAACAGGCUCUUGACACCUAUAUACAGAGGGAUGAAGGAUGUAACAGAAUUUACCCCAGGAACAGGGAUUAGCCCUCUAGCUCUUGUACCACUAAUGAAAUUUCUCACUUGGAAUAAUUAUUUGAAAAGUUUGAAUGAUGCUUUCAAGUCAAAUUAUGCAUGUGUCACUUGAAGUGUGAAUUAAUUUUUAGCAGCAUAAAAGCCCUAAAAUGAAGCUCUUCAGAAGAAAUUAUUUUUAUAAAAUUCAUAAAAUUUAAUACAUAGAUUUUUGACUAAUUACCUUUCUUUUGGAGUCAGACUAAUUUUAUUAACAGGUUUUCUUCAGUAUUGACAAAAAUUACUCAUUAUCAUAGAUUUUCUAAUUAGGUUUUUUCUUUAGCAAAGACAUAUUUGAUGUACAAUUUUAGCAUUUCAGUAUAAUAUUCCUGACUUUUAAAGAUAUACAGUUUACUGAAGUGGGACAUGUGCUCCCAAAACUCACUGUCACAUAAAAUGCAGGCUUGAAGAAUGGUCUUGAUGAUACUAUGUAACUACAAAGAUUAUUUAAUAAAAAUGCAGUAAACUGACAUUAUAUAAUACUACUAAGAGGAUAUAUGUGUUCAUGGAACAAACUGUAAAACAAAUAUGUAAUGAUGAUUUGUGUUAAAGCAGUGAAUUCUGUGGUAUAUCUGUUUAUGUGUCUGUGUUUAAAUGGCUGGAAAAUACAGAGUUGCUUUAAACGUCAUUUAAGUAUUUGAAGUGUAGUAACAGCAGGUGUUCAAAAUGAAUAAGCAGAAUUUCUUUGUGAUCUCUGAAGCACUGUGUGAUGUAUAUUCACAUCAUAUUCCACUGUAUAUGUGGAGUUCACAUCAUGUAGCCUGUAAAUCUAUUUCAUAUUUUCAUUAACUGUAAACAAUUUGAAGGUGUUGCACAAGGAAACCAAAGUCAUCUAAGCCACUUGAUGGAUAUUAGACAUCUUCUACAAAGCCAUAAAGACCAAUGAAAUGAAAAUGUGACACGGCAUCAGGCACCAUAUGCUCAAAGAAUUGCUACCUCAGAUUAUUUUUUUGCUCUCUUUAAAAAGGCAGACAAAAGCAUUUUACUUUGUGUCAAAUUGUAAAUCCUUCUAUCAAGAGUAGAAAAAUCUUACUAGUAAUGUUCAAAUUAUGUUUGUCAACAGCUUGGCAUGGAAUCAUCACUUGUGUUCUCUGGUAGUACUGGGAUGGGAUAUUUGAGAUGCGUAGCAAAAUGACAUGUUUUUAAUAUGAAAAAAUAACAGAAAAAUUUCCAUCUUGUAGGGAAAACCAUACUGAUCAGUUGGCAGCCAAGCAACGGUCCCUUUCCUGGGCUGAAAAGUUUUUUGCUGCUGCCUAUGUACUCAGCUCGCUAGGUUAGAAUAAGCUGUGUUGUCAGAGAUGCUCUCAUUCUGGAUCUCAGCAGUGGAACUAAGCAUUUAUCAACACUUAUAUUUAGAAAGACCUGAAUAGAUGAGUUCCCGAGAAGUAAAUCUUCAAACUCUGUCCCUAAAUGAGUGAAAAUGGAGACUAGCCCGCAUCUCAAAUCCUCAUAGUAAAUUCAGAGUCCAUUUCCUGUAGGCAUGGAAAGAUGGACUGAAUUACAUUAAUUUGAACUUGUGGCCAUGCCUUGAAAACCAUUUUGAAACAAAUAAGGGAAUUUCUUCAUCUUUCCUGUGUAUGUCAAGCAGGAGAUUAAAGAUAAAUGGAAUACAGAAAUACUUAAUAAAUGGGGAUAGAAAGAGGGCUUAAUGAUGGGAAGAAGGACAUGGCUGCUGAAUGUGGCAGAAUGGAACAGGAGUACCAUCACUAUAGGACGGCACAUAGGUACACAUAGAUACAGAUAGAUAAUCAGAGGAAUCAGAGGGGGUAAAAAAGAAUUUUGACUACAGCUGAGAAGAGAGUGAGGGAGAACAGAAAAUGGAAGCAAAGGAAUCUAAUGUAAGAAUAGAUAGGAAAAAAUUAGAACUAGUAGAACUGAGAUGAGUGAUAAAUGAGUUUGUGAGAAAAAAAGGAAGAGAAGAAAACACUUUUAUAUCAAAAGUGGAUUACGCAUAGCUACCUGAGAUAGUUCACAAAAGUAGUAAAGCCUUACUAAAUGCUAAACAGUUGGCAAAAUGAUUAAAUCGGCUAUGGAUGAGUUAUUAUACGCAAGCAGAAAAAGUCCUGUAUGAGAAGUGGUCAUUCACUCUCUGUCAGUUAAAGGAUUUUGUUCCAUGUGUCUGACAUUGGUGCCAGCAAACAGAAUACCUGAAGAGGCAGAGCCUUCAUCUGAUCUGUUGUUGCAUUUCCUACAUUCCUAAGUAAAAUAUCAAGAGAAAUAAAGUGUACCACACUGUUUUUAAAAGCAACCUUCAAUUUUUCAGACAGAUCUACAGAUGAGGUAUAUUUAUCUGUUUACAUUGUCUCACACAUACAACUAUCAUUCUUAAGCGUUCUUCUAUUUUUCAUUUAUUAAAGAUAAUGUAACGACCUAGAAGCUCCAAGAGAAAAAGGACUUUGUGGAUACUAGGAAAUGGUCUCUUGGCAUUUCUGGGCAUUAUUUAGUUUGUACCUGUGACAAUGUAUCUGUUAUCAUUUUCCUUAAUCAGAAAGUCCCUGUCUUGGUGAUAAAUUUGGAAAAUUACCAAGUCAGGCUUAAAAUACACCUCUCCCAAUUAAGCUAUGUUUUUAAGAAAAACUAUUGUAUCUAUUGAAAUUAAUUUAAAAAAAAACACCUGGAUUAGUCGUGUGGCCUCUUGCAGCACUGAUAUGCUAAAAGCCGGGAUUAUACUCGAGACAUUGGUGCGUAGAGAAGUUAGAUAUAAGGAAGUCUUUUUUUCACAUCUUCCGCUUUUAUUUUUGGAAAGUUUUAAUGUCCUGUUCUACUUUGUGAUGCUGCUUGUCUUGGACCUUGUCUUUAUUUGACUUUUUGGGGUUUUUUUUUACAAUGCUGCUUCUGGGUCUGUUUUUGUAAGCUGCUGAGUACCUUCACCUCAUUUUGACAUCAGUAAAAUAAGGGGGAUUUCACUUCUUUUCCUACAAAGACUGCAAUGGUCAGUUUUACAGACUGUAGCACUGAGUAGAAUUUUUACAGGAUGCUGGAAAUCUUUGUAGAAGUCACUUAUAGAAAAUAUCCCUGCAGUAGGACAGAAACUCAUAGAUGUCUAUGAAAAGGCAGGUUUUUCUACAUGUGGAAUACAUGCAGAAAUGUAAUGAUGUCAAAUAAUAUUUUUUAAUAUUCAUAAUGCUGUAACCACACUUAAGUAUCAUCCCUGUGUCCUUCAUUCCAAAAGGAAGAGUAAACAAACUAGUGCUCACAUAUACUCAGGAAAAGCUCCUGGGCUGCUUUAGUGUUGUUUAUUUUUCAUCUUGGAAAGCAAUUUUUUAAAUCCGACUACAAAUACCAUUCAUCAUCCAGAAUAACAUAACUAUCAGUUCCAUGUAUGCAUUAUAUUGCUCAGAGAUACUCAGCACUAUCUGGGCUUCUGAAAACUUUAUAUUGUGCUUUGUAUUUUUUUUAGUCAUUGUGUAAAACAUAGCAAUACUGAGGGUGCUGCUCUGAAAAAGUAUUGGCCAGGAAAAACAUGUCAGCAGUUGUUAAAUAAUUGUAUUUGUUCAAAUUUCUGCCAUGCUGUUAACUGCAGGUAGAAGUCUCUGGAACUUCCUUGCCUUUAACUGCACCAGCAGGUCUU